CGGGGGCUGCGCGCGACGCGGGCUGGGCGCAGGCUGCGGGCGCGCGGCGCCGGGAUGCCGAGCCUUCGGCUGCUGGUGCUCUUCGGCAGCCAGACAGGCACAGCCCAAGAUGUGGCGGAGAGGCUGGGCCGCGAAGCCCGGCGCCGGCGGCUGGCGUGCCGCGUGCAGGACCUGGACUCUUACGCCGUGGCCGACCUGAUUAGGGAGCCGCUGGUGAUAUUUGUUUGUGCGACUGCGGGCCAAGGAGAGCCCCCCGACAACAUGAGGAAUUUCUGGAGGUUCAUAUUCCGGAAGAACCUGCUGGCCACCUCCCUCUGUCAGCUGGACUUUGCCGUCCUGGGCCUCGGGGACUCGUCCUACGCCAAGUUCAAUUUUGUGGCCAAGAAGCUGCACCGCCGGCUGCUGCAGCUCGGGGGCAGCGCCCUCCUGCCCGCAUGCCUGGGCGAUGAGCAGCAUGAGCUGGGGCCCGAUGCUGCCAUUGACCCCUGGCUGGUGGCCCUGUGGGAGAAGGUGCUGGGCCUGUAUCCAGUGCCCGCGGAGCUCACUGAGAUCCCCCGUGGAGUCCCCUUGCCUUCCACGUUCACCCUUCAGCUCUUCCAGGAUGUUCCCAACACGGUCCCCCAGGAGUUGACUGUGUCCAGCCUGGACCCUCAUCAGCCCCCAUCAGAGUCACAGCCCUUCCUGGCACCCAUGGUCACCAAUGAGAGGGUUACGGGCCCCUCACACUUCCAGGAUGUGAGGCUGAUUGAGUUUGACAUCACUGGCUCUGGCAUCAGCUUCGUGGCUGGCGAUGUGGUACUGAUUCAGCCAUCCAACUCGGCUACCCAUGCCCAGCAGUUCUGCCAGGUGCUGGGCCUGGACCCUGACCAGUGGUUCACACUGCAGCCCCGGGAGCCAGGUGUGUCCUCUCCACCAGGGCUACCCCAGCCUUGUUCCGUGUGGCACCUUGUGACCCAGUACCUGGACAUUGCCAGCGUGCCCCGCCGCUCUUUCUUUGAGCUCCUGGCCUGCCUGUCUCCACAUGAGCUGGAGCGAGAGAAGCUGCUGGAGCUCAGCUCAACCACAGGCCAGGAGGCCCUGUGUGAAUAUUGUAGCCGGCCCCGCAGAACCAUCCUGGAGGUGCUGUGUGACUUCCCACACUCCGCGGGUGCCAUCCCCGCAGACUACCUGCUGGACCUCAUUCCACGGAUCCGACCAAGAGCCUUCUCCAUUGCCUCUUCCCUGCUGACUCAUCCCAACAGGCUACAGAUCCUCAUGGCUGUGGUGCAGUACCAAACCCGCCUCAGGGAGCCCCGCCGGGGCCUCUGCUCCUCCUGGCUGGCCUCUCUGAAUCCUGGACAAGGAUCUGUCCAGGUGCCCCUAUGGGUGCGGCCAGGCAGCCUGGCCUUCCCAGAGUCCCCAGACACACCCGUGAUCAUGGUGGGGCCUGGCACUGGCGUGGCCCCCUUCCGAGCUGCCAUCCAGGAGCGUGUGGCCCAGGGCAAGACUGGUGAGUGCAGGGAUCCCAGGCUGGGUGGCCCGGAGGCUUGUUCCUGGGACCCCAGCUGGCUGUGUCCAGCUGGAGUCCACCCUACACUCCCAGGAAACUUCCUGUUUUUUGGCUGCCGCUGGCGGGACCAGGAUUUCUACUGGGAGGCUGAAUGGCAGGAACUGGAAAAGCGAGGCUGCCUGACGCUCAUCACAGCCUUCUCUCGGGAGCAGGACCAGAAGGUGUACGUGCAGCACCGGCUCCAGGAGCUGGGGCCGCUUGUCUGGGAGCUGCUGGACCGCCGCGGUGCUUGCUUCUACCUGGCAGGCAACGCCAAGUUCAUGCCAGCAGAUGUCACAGAGGCCCUGACAUCCCUCUUCCAGCAGCACGGUGGGCUCUCCAGCCCUGAUGCCGCCGCUUACCUUGACAGGCUCCAGCGAACGCUACGCUUCCAGGUGGAGACCUGGGCCUGAGGGGCCACCUGCGGGUCCAGGUCCAUGGGAGAGUCUGGGGGCGCCCUUGUAAAGGAACACCACAUGCCCUGUCCUUUUCACACGCUCGGUCGGGGCCUGUCAGCCUUGACACUGUAACCUGUUCUGCUAGCAGCUCUGGGGACACCCUGCCCUGCCCUUGUCCCACCUUGUUGGCCUGGCCUGUGUCCCCUCUGGCGCAGGAUCCUACUGUCUGCUCCAGGGGCUUCCCAGUGUCCCCCAUGACAGCCUGAGGGGCCAUGCAGCACCCAUAGGGUCAAGCUUAGGCCAGAGGCUCCCAGGACCCCCCUCCCCCAGCCUCCUGAACAGGGUGAAGGCCUGGCCUUUUCUCCUGUCCCAGUAGCAUGGCAGUAAACAUGGAUCCUGGA